AUGAGACCCUGCAACAUCCCAAUUAUCGUCCUGUCCGGAACUUCAUCUCCUGCUGAUAUUAAGAGAGCCAUCGACAGGAGCAACCAGACUGUAGUAAAAUCUGAUGGGAGGAAGAACAGAUGCAAGAGCAAAAAGACCUUCGCUGACUUCAAUCUUGCUUCCCUGCCAUACAAAGUGUUGUUCAUCUUUGGUGUCAUCGUUGUGCUGUUACAGAACAAUACCACCUCUUCCAGCUUAGAAGUUAACAAAAAUGGCAGAUCAUUAGGUGAGUACUACGAAGAAGACCUCUAUGAAUACGACAGAAGAGGAGGAAGAGGCAGCAGAUGGCAAAAGGAGGAGGACAUGCAUAAACCAAGAAUGAGAGGUAGUAACGAAGACUACUAUGAUGAGAGGAAAACAGGAUAUCCAUCCAGUCCAGGUGAUAAGCAUACUUUUCAUCACAUCCCAGCUAUUCCUCUAUACGAUGAUGAAGAACAUGAUAAGGGUAAUGUUAUUCCUGACAUCCAGCCAACUCCCAAGAAACCUGAUGAUGAUCACACUGAUAAGGAUGAACACAGCAAGAUUGAUCCAGAGCCUGAAGUACCCAGUAAGCCUGACGAUAAUCCUCCCUCCACGACACUAACAGCUGCUAGCCCAGAUGGUGAAAAUAAGCCUAACAACACUAAUGAGAUUGUUAUCAACAAAACACAGGAGCCCAAAGAGGACGAUGAUAAGAGUCAUGAGAUUGUUAUCCACCAAAACCAGAACGACAAGCAUGACGAUGAUGAGAAUCCUGAAAUUGUUAUUCCAAACCCACACAAGGAAAAACCUGACGAUGAUAAGAGUCAUGAAAUUGUUAUUCCGAACCCACACAAGGAAAAACCUGACGAUGAUAGGAGUCAUGAAAGGGAGAGCUCAAGCACCCACAAGGGUAAACAGGAAGAUGAUAAGAGUCAUGAGAAUGUUAUCCCUGAAACAGACGAGGACAGACAUGGAAGUCGCACACCCCAUACAGAUCAUAAGGGUCGUAUUAUUGCAAAUCCAGAAGCCCCUCUUGGACGCGGUGAUGAUCAUCAUCACGAUGCACCUCAUCGACCCCAGCAUGCACAAGGUAAUGCCCUAAGGGGAACAAUGCAUCAAUGUUCUAAUGGUCCUAAUCGAAGACAUGAUAAAGGGCAAGAUGAAAGGGAAUUCAGAACGCCUGAUCAACACAGAAGAGCGGUCGAUAACAGAAGAGGAGGAGGUGGAUAUGAUGAUUAUAAUGGCCCCGAUGGAUACAGAGGACAUUAUGGCAGACGCUUUGGAGAUCAUCAUCGUGAAGCAUAUUACGCAAGUAGUGAAAUAUCAUAUGAUGAUGAAUUUCCUAGGACGGGUGGAAGAGGAAGCGAUGGACGAUCCAUUCAUUAUGAGAAGACCCAAGAGAGGAUAGAUGAAGAUAUCCCCUCUCCCCACAAUGGACAACUGAGAGGAAGUGAUGACCGAUCCAUUCAUUUUGCAAAAACCCAGAGGAUGAUAGAUGAAGAUAUCCCAUAUCCCCCCAAUGGACGAUUCAGGAGAAGUGAUGACCGAUCCAUUAAUUAUGCAGAGAUCGAGAAGAUGAUAGAUGAAGAUAUCCCAUAUCCCCCCAAUGGACGAUUCAGGAGAAGUGAUGACCGAUCCAUUCAUUAUGAAGAGAUCCAAAAGAUGAUAAAUGAAGAUAUCCCCUCUCCCCCCAAUGGAAGACUCAGAGGAGAAGAUGACCGUUCAAAUCAUUAUGAGAGAUAUAAUUCCACAAACUAUGAAGAAGAUUUUAACCGCGUCCCAAGAGCUGGAAGAAUGGAGAGUGCAAAUCCAUUUAAUGCCCCCAAAGGUGCAAAAGACGAUGAUCACACAAUCCAAGGCUUUUCUCACCAAGGGUUCAUAGAUGAUGUGAAUGACGCAAGGAAUUUCCCUAACUCCAAAUGCCCAAGUCCAGGACCUCACCGCGACCCGAGGGAAAUCUGUCCUUCUCGUACACUUCCUGCAAAACCUGAUGACCAAUUCUUUGAUGAAGAUAGAUUUGACCCUCAUGAUGGACCAGGGAAAUUCCCAGAUGGAAGGAAGAAAUUUAUGGCUGGAGGACCACAGGGAAAUCAGGGUGGAAGGGGUCCACAAGCACGAGGUGCAAGACCUGAUAUGGAAGAAGACAUGUACAGCUCCUUCCGGGAAUUCAUGAGAAAAUCCCCAGAUAACCGAGGGGAAGAUGGAGGCAGAAAACUGCAUGGACUACCCGACCGUGACAAUGAAGAACCCCGCCUCCGGUGCACUAGAUCUGAAUUACAGGAUCAAAUGGCUGAACAGGAAUUAAACUGCAAAAUCAGGAACUUGAGACCAGAGACACCCGUCAAGGAGAUGUUCGUUCUAUUCAACCAGGUUCUCUCCCUCGAAAGAAAGAAGUUUGUUAGGAUGCAAGAGUAUAUUAUGCAGUACUCACAAUACUUACAGAAAACUCUGAUGUUACCAACCUCAAUCAGAAUGAAAUACUGGUGGAGGGCACACUACAAUAUGACCGACGAGUUGAUUAAGAAAGAGAGGGGAGACUUCCAAGACUUCUAUGCCCUUGUAACCGGGGGACAAUGCGAGAGGGGUGAUUUCCUCUCCUUUGUCAAUGCCAAGAGAAAGUCAUGGGCUGAGCUCAGAGAUUUAAUGACCAGCAUAUGGAUGGAAAUCUUAACCUACAAGAUGAAAAAGCACAGUAAAUUGUAA